GAUGUCUCGCUGGCAGAGAGCGAGUCCCCGGAGAUUGCAGAGAGCCAAAGAGAGCAUUCGGGAGCGGGCUGGAGGAUGGAGAUGUACAGCAAAGCGGAGACCCUCGAACUGCGGAAGAAACACAUCGGGCCAUCAUGCAAGGUUUUCUUUGCUAAAGAUCCCAUUAAGAUUGUGCGGGCUCAUGGACAAUAUAUGUUCGAUGAGAAUGGAGAAAAAUACUUGGAUUGCAUUAACAAUGUAGCACAUGUUGGACACAGCCAUCCUGAUGUAGUCAUGGCUGCAGUGAAACAAAUGGAGCUGCUUAAUACCAAUUCUCGAUUCCUACACGACAAUCUGGUCCAGUAUGCUAAACGUCUCACGGCUACCCUGCCAGAGAAGCUUUCCGUUUGCUAUUUUGUGAACUCUGGCUCUGAAGCAAAUGACCUUGCUUUGCGCCUGGCUCGGCAGUAUAGCGGUCACUACGAUGUGAUAACCCUUGAUCACGCUUAUCAUGGGCAUGUGACCUCCUUGAUUGAUAUCAGUCCAUAUAAAUUUAAUCAGCUGGGGAAAGAGGGCAAGAAAGACUUUGUACAUGUGGCACCUUCUCCAGAUAUCUACAGAGGAAAGUACAGAGAAGACCAUGAAGAUCCAGCAGGUGCUUAUGCUGAUGAUGUGAGAAAUAUUAUUGAAAAAGCUCAAAAGAAUGGCUGUAAGAUUGCUGCCUUUAUUGCUGAGUCCAUGCAGAGUUGUGGAGGCCAAAUAAUUCCACCUGCAGGCUAUUUCCAGAAAGUGGCAGAAUUUGUCCACAAAGCAGGAGGAGUUUUCAUAGCAGAUGAAGUCCAAGUUGGAUUUGGUCGUGUUGGAAAGUAUUUCUGGGGAUUCCAGCUGCAAGGUGAAGACUUUGUGCCUGACAUUGUCACCAUGGGGAAGCCCAUUGGCAAUGGCCAUCCAAUGUCUUGUGUUGUUACAACAAGAGAAAUUGCAGAAGCCUUUGGUGCCUUGGGUUUAGAGUACUUCAAUACUUUUGGUGGAAACCCAGUAUCUUGUGCAAUUGGUCUGGCUGUCUUAGAUAUAAUAGAAAAAGAAGAUCUCCAAGGGAAUGCCACACGCGUUGGAAACUACCUCCUUGGAAUACUCAAGGAACAACAGAAAAAGCACUCAUUGGUGGGAGAUGUCAGAGGUGUUGGCUUAUUUAUUGGUGUGGAUCUUGUGAAAGAUCAACAAAAGAGAACACCGGCUACUGCUGAAGCCCAGCAUAUCAUUUACAAGCUGAAAGAAAGGAGGAUCCUUCUGAGUGCAGAUGGGCCUUACCGAAAUGUCUUGAAAUUUAAGCCACCCAUGUGCUUCAGUAUGGAAGAUGCAAACUUUGUAGUUGAUCAAAUUGAUGAGCUCCUUACAGAUUUAGAAGAAGCAACUCUAAGCAAGGCUAAAAACAGUCUACCUACAAAUAUGCAGUCUAAAAGAAAAUUGCCUACUGAUGGGAGUUCCCAGUUAGAAUCUAAUAAUGAAAACAUCAGUCCUAUUAAUGGAACCAUCUGCAGGCAUGAAAAUGGGUUUUCUGGUGAAAGUCAUACAAUGCCUUGUAAAAGAAUUAGGACAUGAAGCAAAAGGAUUUCCUGAGUAGCUGAUGGUGUUUAAAGAAAAAUGGCUUCAGUUAACUAUUACGUAUAACUCAUUAUAUAUGAUAUAGAAAUAUCCAUUUUUACCUAUGGUCAAAAUUUGGAGCAUCAUCCUUUGCAGUUAUUGUAUAAAUCAGUUUUGCCUCCUUUGUUUGAGAUGCCAAAUACAGAUUUUGACUGUUCUGUCUUCCUGUUUGAAAUUUCAAUGUUUGUAUUGAGAUAUUAAUGAUUUCUCAUGUUUUAAUGAUAAAUGUAUAGCCCUGUGCUAUAUAAGCAUGUAACUUGUAUAUCUCAAAAGUAGUCCAGCGAAAGGACAUAUGGAAGAAUCUAUGGAGGCAGGUACAUUUUUAAAACUUAAAGUCCCACAUCAGCUUCCUUCUGAUUUAUGAAUCAGUUGCUAUGUUUUGUUUUGUUUUGUUUUGUUUUGUUUUGGUGUGUGUGUGUGUGUGUGUGUGUGAGAGAGAGAGAGAGAGAGAGAGAGAGAGAGAGAGAAUAAAUUGUGAUUCUUUCUCCAUGCACUAUGGAAAAUAACUUGUUUUAUAUUCACUGUUGGAUUUGUAUUAAUGACUGAACAUUCUGAUGUACUAUGAUGGUUAGUGUAUUCAUUUUAGUGUAUUGUCAAUUGUUUGUUUAAUAUUAUCAGUAUUCUUUAUCACUCUAAUGGAAUGUUAGGUAGUUUUUUUAUUUACUUGUUUAUUUCAAAGAAUAAAAUUAUUUUGAGCUUGGAAUCCUUGUGUAUUUAAAU